UGUCUACAUUUCUACUUCUGUUUUUCACAGACUCGAUGUGUAGAUGAGCGGAUGAAGCAAUAACGAUGACCGAUGCGGGAAGGAAAGCUCUUGAAUCUGAGAUUCUUUUUUACAUCACAGCUGCCUUGGUCACCUUUUUGGCUUUCAUAAUAUCUUUCAAGUGGGUAUAUAGGAAGACUGCCAGGAAGAAUGUAUGUCCAGUCCAUCCAGAUGGAGAUAAAGGAAAGUCAAUAACAGAAGAUAAAUCAUUGCAAGCGUCGUCAGGAGGAGACGGUGAAUCGACUAAAGAAUCAAUCGCUGAUGAUGAUGAAGAUGACAUCCAAGACCUCCUCAUCAACCAUGAUGACAUCGAACCGUUAGAUUCUGAACAGACCGACGAAAAUGAGCAUGAGGGGGAAGGUGAUGAUAUCGAGUCCAAGACGCAACAUCUGGCGGGGCCUCAGAAAACAAAGAAAUUGGUUGAAGAGGUCUCCAAGAUGAUGUCAGAUGAACAGAAGCAGGAAGAAAGAAGGAUUCAAUCAGAACAACUAGAGGCAAUCUUCAAGCUGGUGCAGAACCAACAAGACACAUUUGGGAUCGGAUCAUUAGAGGAUAUUGAGGAUCAAUUCAAACUUUAUGCAUAGCACAUACCUACCUUAUCAACAGAGCUGCUACCGGUGAACAGCCUGCAUAGCUCAUGCCACAUCAUUCUACCGGGUUGUUGUCAGACAAAAUUUUGUGACCAAUCAUUAACAUAAGAAGUUGUGAGUUUUCAGGUACGUUGUAAGUACCCGUACUCUGAAUAUGAAGCAAUAGAAACGGAUCAGUUAUUACUGGUUAUACAGGUAUGGUCUGGUGGUAGGUUUGUUUUACAAGAUUCCAAUAAGGUAAGAAAGUAACAAACUUUGUGUGCUGUAACCUGAUGGACCCUACUAAACAUGCCAAUUUAAAUUGAACCCCCCAAAAUGUGCUAACCAACCCUGACUUUUGUAAAUGAUUUCUACCUAUCAUGUCUUUUUUUAUACAAAAAGGUUAGAACUGAAGAAUGACGUAAUAAAGCAGUGGGCAUUCUUGGCUGGUUGAUUGAUCAAUGCUUGCGCAUGGCUCUAGGGAUAUAUGGUUUGCCCAUGUUUGCCAAUUACAUCCUCAAAAUUAUUUUCUGUGAAAUUGAACAAAUUGAAAUUUUUGUGAUACAGUUUUCAAGGAGAUGGCUGCAUAAAGAUAUUUAUUUCAUGAAAAAUUGGGCAAAUAAGGUUCCAGCUCUUUCAAGCCAGUGUGCUUCACAGAAUUCGGUUUGAUAUGUUCGCAUAGGAAUUUCUUGCAAACACAAGUUUGUUGCAACAGGCCCAUGACCUGAAAGAAGACUCAAGAAAUAGCAUGAAUUCACAGACAAUUGUACUUGUCAUAAGUAGGACUGCUAUUAAAUAUUUAUGGUGGUAGUACAUUGCCUCUCAUUUAGUAAUAUUGUGGUCAUAUUAUGCCAUAAGGUACACCAACCCCAAAUCAUUGCACAUUCGAAAUGAAGGUUUUAAUUGAACCAAUACUGAAUAGCACAGUUACCCCGGGUUUCGUAUGAUGUGUAUUCAGGAACCCAAGCCCGUUUCGAAGAUGGUGUAUAAUUUUUGUUUAUUGUUGAGUUUUGUGUGAAGUUGAUUCUUGUGUCACUGACAUGUGUAAUGUAUGUACUGUACAUCACCACUGAUCAUUCAAUACCGUAGUGAUAUUUAUACUGUGGAUUUACCAUGUAUCUUUCAUGACCCUGCCCCGGGACCUGUUUCAUACAGACUUGUUUAGGAUAACAAAUGCACUAUCAGCCAAUCAAAUCAGACGAUUUCACUAGCUUUGAACUGUUAUUGCAAAUUUGUUAUGAUAACAAGUGCUUGUGAAAUGGGCCCCUGUCCUUGUCCAUGCCUUUCCUACAUGUAUGUGAUCUAUCAAUGUGAAUGAUUGAUGUGUGAUGCAUGGAUACGAUAGCAGCAAUAUUAAUAGUUCAUUCUCUGAAGGCAAAAAAAAAAACGUUUUCAAUGUGCUGUGAUAUGUCAGUGUAAAAAGAAAGAGGAAAAUCAUUUGCCGGGUCAGAUUUUUAGAUUUGUAUGAUUGAUAGACAUACAUGUACACUGUACUGUAACAUAUGGUUAUUAAACUGUUAAUUGAAGGAACCUACUAACAGUUAAUGAAUGUAAAAUUUUGUGAAAUGGCCCUUCUGCAGACGGAUGCCAAUAUUCUACAUCAAGCACUUUUCUCCGAGGAACAGUUAAUAAAUGUAAAAAUUUGUGAAAUGGCCCUUCUGCAGAUGGAUGCCCAUAUUCUACAUCAAGCACUUUUCUCUAUGGAAAAAUAAAUGUACAGUAAAGGUGGGCUUUAUAAAAUUAGAAAUAUCACUGAAGGUGAUUAAUAUCCCCACUGUACGCCAUUACCAUGGCAACAGUUUCCAACGCAUUGAAAAAAUAUAUCUUGCCUAUUAUUACCCCAAUACCAAUUUGUGAGCUAUUAAAUAUCAUGAGAAUUGGUUAAAAACAGAUGAAGUAGUUCCGAAUGCAAGAUAUUUGCCUAAUUUUUUGACAUAUAAGGGGUUGUUACCAUGGCAACUCGAUUUCCGACUCACAUGAAAUAUGAAUCUCAGAUAUCUUUACCCCGAAACCAAUGCAUGAGCCAAAUUUCAUGAGAAUUUGUUGAAAAUUAAUCAAGUAAUUCAAACCGCAAGAUUUUCAUCAUAUGAUAGGCUAUGUUGUUACCAUGGCAAUAUGAUUUCUGACACACAUUAUAUAUGUGUCUUGCAUAUCUUUACCUCAAGACCAAUGUGUGUGCCAAAUUUAAUGAGAAUUGGUUAUAAACUGAGGAAGUAGUUUGAACUGAAGGAUUUUUACCUUAUUUUUGCCAUAAUAUACCGAUACCAUGGCAACACAAUUUCCGACACAUGCAAAAAAUGUAUCUCGCACAUCUUUACCUCAACACCAAUAUGUGUGCCAAGUUUCAUGAGAAUUGGUUAAAAACUGAGGAAGUAGUUCGAUGCGCAAGGUUUGCAACAGAGCAACCACCCGACCGUACACUGAUUCCUGCAUGCACCCCCUUCAAACUUCUUUUGGCGGGGGUAUAAACAUAGAGGCCUAUAUUCUGAACUCAGGUUUAAAUAAAACCCUGGUUUAAAGUUGUGGUUUAACUAUGGAGAGCCAAUUGGGGCACAAAUCCCUAAAAGUAUACAUUCAAUUUAUUAACUCAUUUGACACUCAAAUCGUUCAUAAUUGUCUGGGAAUGAUAACUGAAGUAUUUUUAUUCAUUAUGAAAGCAACGGGAAACAAAAUAGUAAACAUAAGAGUUAUAAAGUAUAAACAUAAUUUUUGGCUCCCCAUAAUUUUAGCACAGAGUUGGACCGUGGUCUAAGUUAAACCUGACUUCAGAAUACGGGCCAGAGAUUCCUGGGUAAUGCUGUCCAUGAUUUACAAAAAAAAUUAUGAAUUAGAAAUAGAUGCUUAAACUGUGUGAUGUCAUAACAAUAUGUGAUUGUAUUCCCAUGAAUUCACCCACAUUCAUAGCACAGAGAGAAUUGUUUUGAACUUGAGAUAUUUGUUCAUAAUCUUGAUCUGAAGAGUUCAUUUCAACCUUAUGUAAAAAAAAAAUGAUUGAUGUCCCAAUUUUGAGUCUUGCAUAUCGCCAAGCUUUAGGAAUUUUUUUUUUUUACAAUAAUUAAGUUGUGAUAAUUUUAAAAGAUUUUUUCCUAAUGAUGUUGUUAUUUCAUUGGUGUAUGAAUGAGAAGUAUUAUGGCCAUGAUUACUCUCACUCUGCUGGCAUACAUGUAUUGCGGUCCAUGCGGUGGCACGACAUUUGCUCCAGCGACAAUUGCUCUUUGCUUUAUUUCGUCUAAGAUAUAGGGUUAGGGUUGCAAUAGGGUUUUAUGUUAGGGUUAGGAUAGGGUAUAGCGUUAAAUCCAGGGUUGAAGUUGGUCAUUCCAUUUGUGAGUGGAACUUCAAGCGGAGCAAUUGUCGCCGGAUCAAAUGUCAUGGAACCGUCCGUACAGUAUAUCUAUGAAUAGCACUUAUGUGCACACACAAAAUAUGAUUCACCCAGCUCUGGGGCUUUUACAAAUGGUCAUGGAGCUACUCAAGACCAUUCAGACUGCUUUAACAAUUGUGCACAUCACGACCAAAUGGCUACAAACAGGUUUACAACUGUUUGCGAAAGCCCAUUUUUAUAGAAUUUUGUAUCGUGAGAACCUCCCUCCCUCCCCCCCCCAAAAAAAAAAACCCAUACUUUUUUAACUAAUAAGUGUACUCGGCAAGUAUUCAAUAAUAUCAGUAUCGGCUCUUAAUUUUAACCUUUUUAAAUUUUUAUAAUUGAGUUCAAGUAUGGAAACCAUACAUGUAUGGAAUUUGACAGUUCUCUUGUGAUUCAGUACUAGUACCCCACUGCAUUUGCAAAUUUAUUGUGUUUCAUUUUUUGAUGGUAGUAAUGAAUACUAGUGUGUGCUUCGCUGUCAAUAUUUUUUGUUCACAGAAUGACAUAUUUUCAUUCUUCAUGUCUAUUUUAUAAGAGUUGUGUGUUAAAUUGUGUUCUUAACAUGUUUAGAUUCUUUCGAGUUGUAUUUUGAUAGAUGCAUAUAUUUCAACAUUUUGGCCUUUUAUGCAAAGUGUAAAGCCAGGAGAAUAAUAAGUUAAUGGUUCAGGUUGAUGUAAAUAGAAAAGGAUUAUUUAUCAUUAAUGUUAUUAAGAUGCUAAUGAAACAACAACUAGAAUAUUGUUGUUCAAUUGUGAUCAAAUGAAUUAGGAGGAAAUAAGUAUUGAGGAGAUGUGACCAAAAUAAGUGUCAAUUCGGAAAUAUCUAAGGUAAACCUUGAGUGGGGUGUAUUUAUAUUUUAUGACCCCCCCCCCACUCCUUGAUAGACAGUGCAAUCUAUGAAUCAAUUUUUGUAUGCUAUGCUGAUAAAACAUCACCUUGCUCAUGCCUUUUCUGUUUGGACCAGUUAAUGCAAAUCUUCUCUACAACUCUUAUUUAUAUUCAGACCGCCUCGAUCUCCAGAAUACCUGUUAAAUUAUAAGAACUUUUUCAGACCACAAAAUACCUGAUUAUAGUAUUUGCAUUCACACCGACCCAAAGUUAACCCUUUCGGGGUAAGUUACUGAAGUUACGAAUAUUAUAAGUAAUUUGCUCUCACAUUGGCAAAAAAGGCUAUUUUCUCUGAUAGGGGUUGAUCAGGACAAAUUCCCAGAUCAGAGAAUACCUGGAACUGACAAACUUCGAGGCAGUCUGAAUACGCCUUUUAGGAAUCUCCAUCUUGGUAUAUUAGAUUUAAGUAUGUUCAUUGUGUUUUUUUUUAUGUGAAAGUUAUUUAUUUUCCUUCAUUUUUUUUCCUGUUGGGUGUUUCACAAAGAGUUAAAGGGGAGGUUCACUCUGAAAAAAUGUUUAUAUGGAAUAAUAUAUCUGUAAAGCGCUUAGACACGUCGUUCCGAUGUAUUAAGCGCUAUAUAAAAAACGGAUUAUUAUUAUUAAAAUAGUAGAAAAAAUAAUACAAAAAUAUUGUUGCAGUUUUGAGGAAAAUCCAUCAAAUUGAUAUUACAAUUUUAGUUUUUUUUUAUUUGUGACUUCAUAUGAGAGCAGCUUCCCCAUACAUCCUGCAGUAAAAAAAAGUCAAUGAAAUGCCAUUUUCUCACAUAACUAAAAACAGUUUUAUUGUACCAUAAGUAUAUCAACAGGCAAAUUAUUCCACUGCCGGUCCUGAAAGAUAAAAAAUAUAUAGUCAUAAUGAAACUUUGAAAUUUAUCCAAUAUAUAUACAUGUACAUAUCAUGGGGCAGCUGCUCAUAUAUGACCUCACAUAUCAAAAACUUUUAAAUGUUAAUACUCUUAGAUGAAUUUCUCCUCAAACUUUCAUUGAUAUUUUUAAUUACUUUUUUAUUGUAUUUUUACAAGAAACUUUUCUUUGCGGUGAACUUCCCCUUUAGGUGUGACUUCGAGUCGUGCUUAAGCCGAUACAUGCACGAUAUGUGACACGAAAUCUUACUGAUUAAUAUGCAAAAAGCUUGCAUCCUCUCAGCAUGAUUUGACCAAUGUGGUGAUGCCUUUUACACUGUACGCAGCGGGAAAAUUAAGUGUGACUCUUGGUCAGACUUAGUUAUUUGUGAAACAGCCCCCUGAUUUAUUUAUUUAAGGUGAAGCAUCAAUGCUCUGUCAGUAACAGUUAUCUACAUUCCCUUCAGUGUUUACCUAUGAGUGUAGUCUGUUUGGAAAAUGAGAACAUUUUGUAUUGCAAUUUGGAUGUAAAUAGAUAAUUGAUGUUAUUUAUCAUAGUUUAGCACAAAUGCUAUUUAUUGGAUAGGAUUUUUUUUUUCUAAUUGAAGAGAUGAAUGUGAGUUACCAAUGUUCUUGCCCUUUUAGUGUGGAUGUUUAUGGUGCAUUAAAACUUUACAUAUUCUUGAUACAGAAAA